AGUUCUAAUGAAGGACCUGGUCAAGACAAUGGAGGAAGGAGAGACUGCUGGAACAAAGCUUGUCUAUUUAAAAGGCUUUUAUACCUUUUAUUUCAGUUCCAUGAUGCUUCGCCUGGUCUAUUCUCCGGUGUACUUCAAACAACUUGGGCUCAGUUCAACAUACACUGGUAUAUUAAAUGGUGCUGGUCCGUUUAUUAAUGCUUUCGGGGGACUGUUGCUCUGCUACAUUGCAGAUAAAACAAAUAAACAUAAAACGAUACUUUUAGUUUCUUUAUUGGCUAAUGUUGCAAUUCCUUUGCUUCUGACCUUCCCACAGAAUUCUUGUCUUAAAGCUGGAUAUCCUAAAGCCGCAAUGCCAAACAUGACAAAGAGCAAAGUAAAUCUAGACGAACGGACGGAAAAUUUGCGUGAAAUAAUGGCAGUGAAAAGCCACAAUUCGAACUCACAGAAUCAAUUGGAUGUAAAAUCACUGCAGCUGCAAAAUACAGGAUCCACAAUUAAGAAAAAGGAAUACGGAAAACAGUCAGGAGUUAAUAAUCGUAAUGCUAUUCACAGUUCACUUUUAGGAGACUAUAUUACAGUGAAAGCAAGAAGACCUGCGACAGGAUCUUUUCUCCGAUCAGAUAACGUCAAACAUCGUUUCGCAAGCCGAGAACUCAGCACGAAGACGCCAUUUAAACUGACACAAAGAUCAAAGCCAUGCAAUCGAUACCAUUUCCGCAAUUCUAUAAGGAAAAAUACUAAAAAACGACAACUAGUACCUGAUAAAGAAACACAAACAAAAAACGAUCAACGACAAUUCAUUGCGAAGAAACGAGAUAACGACGCAGCAUUUACACCCAUAAAAAGAGGGAAUAUGCGAGAAAAAAGAAGCAACAAGCCAAUUGAUGAUGAUCACGGUGAUGGCAACAGUGAUGAUUAUGGUGAUGUUGAUACUGAUAAGACCAAUCUAUUUCUUCUUCUAUUGGCCAUUAUCGUUGUCGGUCAAUUUGUAAGUAGUCCMAGUCGCAACCUUGCAGAUACAGCAACACUGUUUUCUCUUCAAAACAACAAAGCCGAUUAUGGUAAAAUACGACUAUGGGGUAACGUCGGCCAAAGUUUUAUCAUCCCGUCUGUGUCACUACUCGUGUACUUCCUAAAAACGUCUGUAUGCGGUACCAAAAAAGACAACUACAAAAUGGCCAUGUAUAUACUAGCUGGAUGUUCGGGAAUAGCUUUUCUCUUGGGAUUCAAAAUCAUAUUUCCCCCUACAAUCUUGACUGAUCAUAUUCGGGAAGCUGAAACCUCUAAAAAACAAGGAUCUGUAGGAGAACUUGUUGUCCCUUUGGCAAACUGGAGCUUUCUGAUCAUUGUUUUCUUUUUGGGAACUUUUGAAGGUGUCUUCAACACUUUUAUGUUUUGGUUAAUCGUAGACCUAAAUGAAGGCCAGUCUGCUCUCAUUGUGGCCGUAGCAACCUUUCUCAGGAAUGCAACAGCUUUUGUGACAUUUGCAGCAUCGUCGAGUGUCUUUCAAAAGUUUGGAGCAAUCAAUGCUAUAAAUAUUUCUUUGGUUCUAUAUAGCGCUUCAUUUCUAGUUUACAGUGUGAUCACCAACCCAUGGAUUGCAAUUAUCCCAGAAGUUAUUCAGUAUGUCUCUUUUUCUCUGUCUAUGGCGGCAAGUGUAACGUACAUGGGUGAACGUGCUCCAGAGAAUUUGGCUGCAACAGCGCAAGGGAUUGUCCAAUUUAUGUACUCCGGAUUUGGACAAGGUGUUGGGCCGAUAGUAGCUGGUCUGAUUAUACAGAUGAUAGGUACUCACUACACAUUCCUUGCAUUCGCUGUCAUAUCAUUAUUGGUACUGGGGUUUUCGGUAAGCGUCCAGUUAAUUCUAUGGAAGCGUGAAACGAAGUUGUACCAAAAAGUAUCUACAGACGAGGACAUAAAGUAGGCAUGAGGCAUCCGGAUUCCGGGGUACCAGAGGGCGGGCGAGCGAAAGGGUGGCUUCGUGGUGGCUUCCUCCUUUCCUUCCUCUUUCUCUUUUCUCCCUACUUUCCUACGUUGCAGUCUGAUACCCAACAUAGAUCGGAUAUGAAAUGUGAACAGAUAAAUAGAAAAAAGAUCUGAGGAAGAUUGCUAAGGUAGCUGGGGUAUUUGCGGUGCAUUUCUUAAAAAUUGUUGUAAGCUUUCACUGAGUAAGAAAUUUAUGACCUUCCUAUUAGUCAACAAGGAACUUGCUUUCUUCAAAAUAAAAAGGUUUGACCCUCCA